AUGCCUACCGAUACGCGCAAGGAUGGCCUGGAAGCCAUUGAGAUGGAGAAUGCACCAGCUCCCCGACCAACCGAAUUCGUGGAGUAUUCUCCUGAGGAAGAAAGGAGUUUGAGAUGGAAGAUAGACUUGCGUUUGGUGACUAUCAUGUUGAUUGUCAAUGGAAUCCAAUUUGUUGACAAGCUUACGAUCAGUUACGCGGCGACAUAUGGCAUCGUCACUGAGGCACAUCUGGUGGGACAGGAGUAUAGUCUUCUUAUAACCAUUUUCUACAUCGGCUAUCUUGUUGCGCAGUACCCUACCAACUACCUUAUGCAAAGGUUUCCGACUGGAAAAUACUUGACGGUCAACUUCAUACUAUGGGGCGUCGUUCUGGCAGCUACUGGUAGUGCAACGAACUUCUCCUCGUUAGCAGCAGCUCGAUUUUUCUUAGGUGUUUUCGAGUCAUGCCUGAAUCCCGGCUUUGUUUUGAUCUCAUCUUCUUGGUGGAAGCGUGAAGAACAGGCUUCCCGUAUCGGUCUUUGGUAUAGUGCAAAUGGACUUGCCUCGAUUCCGGCGGGUGUUCUUUUCUGGGCAAUCGCUCACAUUGAUGUCGAUAAUAUGUUUCCCUACCAAUGGAUGUUCAUUAUAUUCGGCGCAUUGACUGUCCUAGUCGGUUCCGGUCUAUGGUGGCUGCUUCCUGAUAGCCCCAUAAAAUGCACAUGGCUCAGCGAACGUGAGCGAAUCAUUGCGGUGCAACGCCUAAAGGACAACAGAACCGGUGUCAAGAACAGCGAGCAUAAGAAAGAUCAAGUCAUUGAGGCACUCACUGACUAUCGUGUGUGGAUGCUACUGCUAGCUGUCUUCUGUCACAAUAUGACGAACAGCUUGCAAACAAAUUUUACCGGAAUAAUUAUCAAAGGAUUUGGCUACACCACCUACCAGGCUGUUUUGUUGCAAAUUCCGGUCGGCGCCGUCAUGGCGGUGUCGAUCAUUAUCGUCGGUUUCUUCCUCUCAUCCAAAUAUGGCCAGGGCAAACUGAUAUUGACCAUGGCCUGCUGCUACAUCCCGGGCAUCAUCGCGUGUGGAAUGCUCUACGGAAUUCCCGUGAACUCUUCCACCCUGGGAGCUCACCUAGCCGCCAUAUAUUUGAUUCCAUUGGUCGCUUCAGUGGGAGGCUUGAUGUAUACUGUGUUGGCGUCCAAUAUUGCGGGAUAUACCAAGAAGACUGUGACAGGAACAUUAUUCUUUUCUGCAUACUGCGUGGCAAAUAUAAUUUCGCCCCAGACAUUUCUCUCGUCUGAAGCACCCAAAUAUACCACCGGUGUCUUCGUGACCUUGGCUGCUUUCAUCAUCAACAUCAUCCUCUUCUCGAUACUAUAUAUCGUCUACACCAGAGAUAAUGCAGCCCGGGUCCGUGAAAAUGAGGCAGCUGGGCAUAUGGAUGAUGCAAGCGAUUUGGCCAACGCCUUUUCCGAUCUGACAGACCGACAAAACAGAAUGUUGCUUUACAGAGUCUAA